GAGGGACGCGACAGACUGAGGAACGGAAGAGAGAGGCGGGGGAUGUGUUUGGCAGGUCAUACGCUAUUCCGGUUCGCCGUUCGGUUAGUUUCUCGGCAAUGUUUCCAAGAGUCUCGGCGAUCCUACCUCUUCGCCCCCUUUCCCGCCUCCCUUUGUGCUCUGGAGGCCCGGAGGCGUCGGCGGCUGCGAUUGUGCUUCUCGGUGCUCCGCACGGAACGGUCAGGGCAAAAGGUAAUAUCCAAAGAUAUUUUGGCACUAACAGCGUGAUCUAUUGCAAGAAAGAUGGGCAGUCCUCCGUUCCAACCCCUGAGAUUUCCAAGGAGCCAGAGAACCAAGACAGUAUAAAGGAGAAUACGAAAAAAGACUUGUUAAAUAUCAUUAAGGGCAUGAAAGUUGAAGUAAGCACAGUAAGUGUACAAACCACAAAGCCGCCCAACAGAAGACCACUUAAAAGUUCAGAGGCUACAAUUGGCAGUCUUCAAAAAGCUACAGAAGAUGCCCCAAAGAAGAGAAGUGAGUCCCUGAGUCCUGAGUUGGUGGCUGCUGCAUCUGCUGUUGCAGAUUCUCUCCCUUUUGACAAGCAGACAACCAAGUCAGAGCUGCUCAGGCAGCUCCGGAAGCACGAGGAAGACUCAAGGGCACAGAAAGAUGGAGAAAGACCUAAAAUUAGUUUCGGUAACAUAAUAUCAGAUAUGAAAGUUGCCAGAUCUGCCACAGCUAGAGUUAGUACAAGACCGGUUCAUCAGAUUCAGUUUGAUGAAGGAUCUGACAGUUAUGCUGACCAGAAGACUGUCGAUCUUAAAAAAAGUUUUAGGAAAAAUAUAUUCAAGGGAAAGAGACUUAAUAUUUUCGAUCCCAAGGCAGUUACUGAAGAGGCACCUGAAACAGAAGCAGCACCUUCACUUUGGGAUGUGGAAUUUGCUAAGCAGUUAGCAGCAAUGAAUGAACAGCACUUUCAGAAUGGUUUUGAAGAGAUGAUCCAGUGGACGAAAGAGGGGAUACUAUGGGAGUUCCCAAUUAACAAUGAAGCAGGUUUUGAUGAUGAUGGUUCAGAAUUUCAUGAACAUGUAUUUCUGGAUAAAUACCUGGAGGAUUUUCCAAAGCAAGGACCAGUUCGCCACUUCAUGGAGCUAGUGACCUGUGGCCUUUCCAAAAACCCAUAUCUGAGUGUUAAACAGAAAGUGGAACACAUUGAGUGGUUUAGAAAUUAUUUUAAUGAAAAACAGGACAUUCUAAAACAAAGUGGCAUAAAGUUCAAUUGAAGAUGAUGGAAAUUUUUAUUUCAAGUUGGAGAUUGAUAUUAUUACUAAAUAAAAUAUUUUUAGUAGAAAUUUUUGUAUAUUAUGUUAACUAUUGCAUCUGGUUUGAAUGGUAUAAAUGUCAGAUUAUUUAAAAUAUAUCAUGGUAACUGAAAAAUGUUCUUGCAUAAAAAAUUAGCAUUUAUAGAUUCAACUAGUAAUUCUUUUAAAAAAGAAUAUCUUAGAAUUAGUAAUAAGUUUAAAACAACUGCCUCUAACUUUUUUUUUUCAUUCAGUGACCAUUCUUUGAAAUACAGUUAUCCAUAUACCAUUAUAUGAUGACAUCAGAGGGCUAUAACAGUGAGAUGAUUUAUAGACAGAUUUAUAUGCAUAGAAUAUGUGUAUAUAUAUAUAUAUAUAUAUACACACAUAUUUUUUCUGUAUAUGCAUAUUUAUAUUUUUUUAUAUUUCACAGUAAAUUAACUACCCUUGCCUAAGUAUGCAUCACUGUAGAAAAGUAACCUUAUAGAAAUAAUUUCUUAUUCAUGGAUCAAAGAAAAAAUUUUUCAAAACUGCACACUAUGAAUAAAAUGUAGGCUGAAGUUAAAAUAGAAGAAAAUAACAUGUUAAAAAAGAACAAAGGCUGAUACUUAAUGAGGUAAGCUUACUACCUUAGGAUACUAGAAAAUAGAUGAAAAAAAAAAAAAGGAAAACUAAGAUAAAAGCUGAACUUAAUAAAAAUAAUACAGUAGAGAGGGUCCACAAAGUCAAACACUGGUUCUUUAAAUAACUAAUAAACUCAAAUUUCUGUCAA